GAUGUUCAGCUCAGCGGCGGAAAGUCUGCUUCGGCAGGCCCGGGAGCUCGGUGAUGGGGAGCUGGAGAAGUUUUGCUCACGUACCCGGAGUCAGCUGCUCAGCGCGGACGGCGAAAGUUUAGAUAGUCUGCGGAGACUGCACCUUAUCCUCUCUGCCAGUAGGGGGCGCCGCAGUGUGGAUCCUGCCCUGGUGGUGCAGCUACAAGAAGCUGUGAAUAGCCCGCAGACUUCAGCUCAGGUGCAGACGCUGUGUGCUGCCAUCUUGUGCCUCCUGUGUCCCUCCCCACUGGUGACUGUAUCUUGGGGCACUACACAGCAGCCAUGUGGCCCCUUGUUCUCCAUCCUCCUGGCCCAGGCCUCUCCCUGUGACGUUAUGGAGCUAGGACCACGUAUUAGCCGGACUUUGGAGAUGCGGACCCCUGAGGGCCACAGCCUGAGAGCCCUUCUCCCGGCACUGCUGAGGGUAGUUGGUGUCUGUGCUGAGAGCUUGCAGGAAGAACAUGUCAACAUUGUCAACAAGAAGCUGACAGACUGGCUGCGCUAUGCCACCAUACCACAGGUGGGCUCCCCUGCCCCUGCCAGCUUCUUCUCCAGCCCCCGGGUGAAGCAGCCAAGCCUGAUCACUGAGGUGGAUGGCGCCAUUGCCACAGACUUCUUCACUGUGCUCAACCACAGUCCCAACUAUACUGAGGACCAGUGGAUGAAUAUCCAGGGCUUCUCUGCCCUGCGGCAGUGGCUCCUCCAUUAUGGGACGUGUGGUAAUGCCGGCUCUGAAGACAGAUCUGAGGUGGAGGGUUCGGUGGUCUCCAUGGUCUCUGCUUCAUCAACGUCAAGUCGCUUCUUGCCUCCAAGGGAACGCCUGAGAGAGAAGGGCUUUGAAUACUGUCUGAGACUUAUUGAGCAAUGCAACCGAAAACCCUUGAAGAAGUGGGAUUUGGAGCUGCAGAAGGCCUCUCUGGUGGAGGCGGUUUCUUUGAUAGACGUUCUGUGUAAGCAGGAUGGGGCCUUCCUGUACCGCACAUUGUCUCUCAUGAAGAUCCUGCAUGCUCGGGUUUGUGCUGAUCCAUCGCUAUCCCCUGUGCUCCUACCAGUUGCUCAGUUCUAUUUAAACCAUAGUGAAGCUGCUGCAGUGGAAUCCGAGGCGGUGUACAGACAUCUCUUCACCAAGGUGCCCUCUGACAUGUUUCACCAGCCUCUGUUUGUGUUUCAGUUUGUCCGGUUCUGCACGACUAAUGGCUCCUUUUUGGCAGAGAAUGUGGAGGCUUUCAGAGGCAGCUUUCCCAGUAUCAUGAAGCUUCUGGCUUGGAAUGCUCCAUCAUUGAUCGCAGAAUUUUUAGCUCUUCUUCCUAUGCUUAUCACUCCAGAUUCUGCUGUUGAGAUUUUUCAUGCUUUCCUGGAUCUACCAUGCCUUACAGCAGCAAUGGAAGUCCAGCUUCUUGGGUCAUCAGCAGAGAGGCACAGCAUAGACCCUUCUGUGUUACCCUCAUGUUCUACCGAGGCCUAUCGUCAUCCGUUUUACAGCCCUCUGUUCCAAUAUAUGUUACGCAGUGAGGCUUGGAAUGGGCCUCCUCCAGUAGGGUUGAUUGAACUUCACCAGAUACUUGAAGACAGGAACAAUUCUCCCCGUGUCUAUCAAUGUUCCCAGGUUGUUCCAUGCCUCCUUCAGCUCUAUGUCCGUGUUAUUUUAAAAUUUGCUAAUGGUCCUCUUAUGAACAAAGUUGUCCUAACAUUCCUGGAGCGCAGUGGUCUCUUGUAUGAUUCCCCUUCAUUCAGAACUGAGGUCCAGAGUGUUCUUGGUGCUCAGCUUCCUUACCUGUGCCGUCUAUACCCCUCUGUUAUUGUAGAACUCUCCCGAGAAUUGUUAGAUUUUAUAAGUACAGUUGGUAAUAUCCAGAGCAAGGAACCAUUAUUUGCACAUGUGGUUUGGGCUAUGGGAGAAUAUUUGUCAGUGUCCUAUGACAAGAGAUGCACAGUAGAACAAAUCAAUAGGUUCUUUGAGGUCCUAGAAGCAUUACUGUUUGAGAUCACACAGCUCCGUGGCUCCUCUAGUGCACCCAUAUCUUCUCCUCGUGUUAUAACAACUCUUAUGACUACACUUGCCAAACUGGCAUCCCGCAGCCAGGAUCUCAUUCCAAGGGUUUCUCUAUACUUAUCCAAGAUGAGGUCAUGUGUGCAAAGUUCAGCCAUGAUCUCUACAUAUGGAGAGGAAGACAGUGAACAGAUUCUAAUACGUGCUACAGAACUUUUAAACUUGUUGAAGGUGCCCAGUGUGGCGCAGUUUGUUCUUACUCCUCCUCCUGAAGUUUUCAAGCCAAAUUUCCACUGUGAUCCAUCUUCCUCUUUGCCGCUUGCCAUUCGUACCUCAACUUAUUUGUUGCUGCGAGAAAGGACAUUGGUUGAGCAGUAGUCGCUACCAUAUAUCAGAUUAAAAGAGUUGUCAGGCACAAAUAAAAUCUUUAUUCUUGGCUGCCACAAAAGUGUAAAAAAAAAAAAAAUAAAAAAAAAUAAAAAAAUUAUACUUAUUUGCCCUGUUCUCCCCCCACAACAUUUAUGCUGAUUGUGUAUAGUCCCUUCUGAUCACUGUUUCUUGGUGAUGUAGAAAAUAACCGCUCAGACAGUCGCUGGCCGAGGUGGGUCUCCAGUUUGGCCAGUGAUUGGCUGAUGGCAUUUCCUGCGGUCGAGAAGAAAGCAGGAAUCGCUGCUUGGGGAAUGGACAGGCAUGAUUUGUAUAUUUAUGCCAGCCUGAGUCCAUACUGAAUAAUUUUGGGAAAUUGCACAACUUUGAAUCUUAUAAUGUGACCUUUCAGUUGUUACCUUGCAAAUAUGCUGCCAAAAUAAUUAUAUUUUCAAAAUUAAAUUUAUUUUUCAAAUUCUGAACAGUAUUUUAACUCAUUUGUAUUUUUAUUAAUGAUUUAAUCUAAGUAUUAGAGCAACAGAAACGCAAUUUGUGCU